ACAUGAAAUUGGAGCCGGCGGGCAGCUGCUGUACAUCUGUCUUGGACUGACACAUGUGGCAUUUGACUUCCAGUGUGAAGUUCAAAAGAGUUCCGUGAUGGCGCAGCUGCUUAGGGAUGCAUGUGUGUUUUAGAGAGAGCGCCUUCUCUCCUUUGUUGAAGGUGGGGUGGAGGUGGGGGUUGCCGAAGGGGUUUCAUAGGUGAAGACAGGAAUUUUAGGUUUUAGAAGGGAUUUGUGGGUACAGCUGCUGAAUCAUGUUAUCUCUACAAUAAAGAUACACGAUACAGAUACAGAGAGCCCAGUCUCUCCUCACUGAACACCUUAACUAACAGAAAGAAGAAAUAUUUGACAUCUGUCCCUGCAGCAGACUGUUAGAGCCCGGUACCACACGUCUCAGUGUCCAUAAAUCAAUUCAUGUACUUUUCCCCCCACUUUUGUGUGCAUUGAAACACUUAUUGGAACAGAUUAGACACCAUUACAGGUAAUUGUAGAGGGCAAUUAGUCCGUGUGAUAACUUAACAUGGGGCGGGGGGGCAUGCCGCUCACCAUUUGUGCCUGAUGCCUUCUGGUCCUGCAGCAGCACCUGCCCAGCGAGGUCAGGGGGGGUUGCCUGCCGGGAGGCGAGGGCUCCCGGGUCAGAGGUCAUGUUCCAGACAGGCGUGUCCACACGCUGAUUGAGAACUCAGCUGCAGGAACAAAGCGUGCAGGUGGACGACGUAUUUUGCCAUAAUUAUUCUUUCCUCUCUUUAAAUACGCUCCUGUGACUUUGGGGGAAAUAAAGACUAAAGGAAAGCAGGCUGCCAGCACGCGCUCUUCUAAAUCCCAGUUGGCUUUCAGAUAAAUCCAUUUCCUUGUGAUGGAAAAGAACAAUAUGCCCUUUUUCUACUGAGGUCCAAAAGUCUAUUAAAAAAAACUAGAGUUAAAGAUUUAAAAUGCGAAACCAGCGCUGGGAAGUUCAUUCAUUUUAGAACUUCUGUAUCUUUAACACAGCUCAAGUAUUUCACAUAGUCUGAGGAUUUAGAAUGAUCAGCUUUUCAUCACCUCCGGGCCUCAGGGGCACGCUUCAGAUUUAUUUGGUCAUAUUUUACUUGAGUUUAGCAAUAAAAGAUAAUUUCCAUGGACAAUGAUAUGGUUUGUGGCGAGGCUGGGGAAUGUUUCCUCCCCCAACACAGUGAUUAGGUUGCUUUUAUUCAUUUGGCUCAUUCAAAUGCAUUUUUUACAACUCUAUUUUACACUUGCAGGCUUUACAUAGAGCCACGGACAUUGGAUGGGAAAGGGUUAUAUUCCCAUCCAAUGUCCAUCCAAGAAACACCAGGCCUACGUGCCAAAACCAAAUAAGGGUUUUGGGAUUUCUUCAGACUGACAGAGAGCAAGGAGCUUUUUCAAGGCCAAUACCAGGACAAGGACAUUGACUUCUUCCUGGUACUGUCGGUUAAAUUCUCACAGCAUUGUGUGACGGGUGUUGCCUGUUAAGCGACUGUCCUUGAAAGCAGCACACAGCCUCCCUGCAUCAGUCAGCAGAUCUUGUUCCUCAACUAAGUGGUCUGAACUUUGAACGCAUCUCAUGUGUUAGUUUUUAACUAUACUGUGCAGUAUAUUCGUUGUAUAAUAUAGCAAGUGAGGUCUUCCCAUUCAAUUCACGAGUGAAACAGGAACACGAAAGAAACUGUUAGGAUUGCUAAUUUAAAAAAACAGGUUAUUAAACCAUAUUUAACGAAGAGGAUUUUACGUGAUUUUAAACUGUCAGAUGAGGUUUUAUUUAUUUUAUAUUUUGCAUCCUGCAUGGGUUUAGAAAGUCCUGUAAGGCCGCCUGUUACCUUUAGCCCUCUUAAAUCCACACUGACAUGCUAAAUCCAAACAGAGGGACCGUCCAGCCUGGGAUCCCACCAGGGGCCCUCUCGGUGUGAGCUGACAGGCAGGCACUACACCGCCGUACAGGCCCUCCGGAGGCCUUCUGCUCUUAAAAUAAUCUCCAUUUUUGAAUUGGAGAAGCCAGAUGGUUUCAAAUGGUUUGAUCUUAAAAACAUUUUUUUCUGCCAGGAAGAAAUAUGGGUUAGGGUGAUACUUGCAGGGAGAAAUGAGGUCAUCAGACAUUCCUGAAUUUCCCAUUUACAAUGUCACCCACAAUGAAAAACACACACAGCCAAAGCACGUGGCUGUGUUAUUGCCAAAAUGACAGGACAGGGCUCCAAAAAUGGAAGUGAUUUCCAUUUUGGUCCCGACCCGGGAACAGUUGCUCUGCUUCCUAUAGAGUUCACUUGAGGGUUUGGGUGCAAAAUACAAUCUGAUCCUCAGUCAGUGAAAGCUGAGGGCCGCUGGUCCUCUUGCGGAGGCCCGCAGCCCUUCUGGCAGGACGGCCACACAUUCACCAGCUGGGUGCGACCUCAUCAUUGGUCCAAUGCGUGUGUGUAGGUGCGUGUUCACUUUACACAGUCAUAUCGGAAACUCCGGAAUAAAGACAGGAUCAACAGAUGACACUCAGGAACAGCGGUGAGUUUAUAUAGAUAUUAAUAUAUAUUGCAAUGGACUUAUAAAAACUGUUUAAUGGGGUGUAACUGUUGGCAGCAUUGUUCUGAAGCUGUUCAAGGGACGGUGGUAAUUAUUACACUUAUCAUAAUCUUUGGGUAUGACUUUUAAGAUGGAGAAGUUAAGAAUAAUCUCAGCCUUUUGCCCAUAUUUAAAUGGUAUAAUAAAAAAAGAGGAAAAUAUUCAUAAUAAUUUCAUUCAAUUUUCCAAAUAUAUUUAUUAAUGUCAAGGUAUAGAAGUUACAGGGCUGCUUUUAUCAUCUGUUCACCUCACAAGGACAAACUCACUAACUUCAGACAUUUUUCUUUCUAUUUACUGGAUCACUAUUUUUGAAAUUUAUACAGGUUUUAUUACAAGUAGGCCUAAACAUAUUUUAUGAAACAUUUAAUAGAAUGUGUUGGAUUUGUUCUCCAUACAUUAUGUUACAUAUAAAAUCCCCACGUCAGCACAAAAUAAUAUAUAAUUUAUGUUUCUCACAGGAAGUCAGACGAAGACACAUGUACCUAACUAAUGGCGCCGCAGGAGAGCCGUCUGACCGCCACGCUGCUGACCUCCAUCCUGGCAGCGGUGCUCGGGUCCCUGCAGAUCGGCUACCACACGGGCAACGUCAACGCUCCGGCCAAGAUCAUUGAAGAGUUUUUCAACCACACCUGGAGAGUCAGGCACAACCAGACGAUGCCAGAUCACAGCCUCACUCUCCUGUUGUCGCUCUCCGUCAGCAUCAAAGACUUCGGAGCCUUGCUGGGCUCGCUGGGAGUCAAAUACCUGGCAGAUUCUCAAGGCCGACGAAACUCCAUCCUCAUAGUGAACUGCCUCUCUGUUGUGGGAGCGUGUCUGAUGUCCGCCUCCAAAGCCAGCCAGUCGUUUGAGGUUCUCAUCCUGGGCCGCGUGGUGUUCGGCCUCUUCUGCGGCCUGGUCAUGAGUCUCAACCCACUCUACAUCCAGGAGGUUUCCCCCACCAACCUGAGAGGCGCCUUCGCCACGCUCAACCAGGUGUCCUUCGCCACGGGCAUCCUGUUGGGGAUGGUGGCUGGUCUGGAGACAGUGCUGGGAACGGAGCAUCACUGGUCCAUGAUGCUAUCCCUGUCCGUCAUUCCGGCCCUGAUACAGUACCUGGUCCUGCCCUUCUGCCCCGAGAGCCCUCGCUACCUACUCAUCAACCGGGGGGAGGAGAGUAAAGCCGAGGCCGCCCUCAUGAGGCUGAGAGGAAGCUCAGAAAAGGUGUUCGCUGAGCUGGAAGAGAUGAAGGAGGAGGCGGCCCACACUCAGAGCGGCGUCACCAUUCACGAGGUUCUUCAAGGAGCCGCCGGUACCAAGAAGCCCAUCAUCCUAGUCCUCGUCAUCAACUUGGGCAGCAAGCUGUCUGGAUUCAAUGCGAUCAUUAAUUAUUCCACCAGAAUGUUUCAGGCCAAGUUUGAUCAGGCCAAGUACUUGACUCUGGGCGUGGGGGCCGUCAAUGUGACCUUCACUUUGGUGGCGUUCUUCCUGAUGGAAAGGGCAGGAAGGAGGAGGCUGCUCCUGACUGGUUUCAUCUCCAUAGCAGUGUGUAACCUACUCAUGACCAUAGUGGAUUCGGUCCUGCACCUGGUCCCAGAGCUGCGGAGCCUGCAGGUCCUGCUGGUUUUCUGCCUGAUUUCGGCCUACGAGCUGGGCCCCGGCCCCAUCUCGUGGUUCAUCGCCGCCGAGCUGUUCGACCAGCCGGGCCGCCCCAUCGCCAUGGCCUUCACCAGCAUGCUCAACUGGGGCGGGAAGUUUGUUCUGGCACUCCUCUUUCCUCCUCUACUGAAAGUCUGCGGCGCGUACGUCUACCUGCUCUUCAUGGCCGUGGCUCUGGUCGCCUUCGCCUUCACCUGGAUGCGCCUCCCGGAGACCAAAGGACGCACGUUCGAUGACAUCGCGGAGGAGUUCAGAGGAGCGGAGGGCAUCCCGUUGCACAAUAAGACCGGAUUCAACACUUUUCCCUAACAGACCUUUCAACCAUUACGGGAGCAGGUCAUAAUAAAAAAUAAAAAAAAGGUCCGAUCAACCAAUUUACACAUCGAUGUUUUCACCAAAUUUAGCAGCAUCAAAUUGUUUGGGUUCUAUUUGCUUGAGUUUUCGAACAGGAAAACAUGCCAAAUAGGUUUUUAAAUAAAUGAUUCUCCCUGUCAGCGGUCCCUUCAGAAUAAUCAACCAAGGGGAAAAGGAAUAUGGUAAUUAUCCUGAUUAUUUAUUAUUUAGUGUUUGCUCUCCCCUAAUGUUCAUAACACAGUACAAACAGAUUCAGCUGAAGUGCACUGUCGGGUCAAAGGUCAGACUGUUAGCGUCUUGAAGAAGCUGGCAGGCUUGCUCUGAAGCAAGGAUUGAAACUACGAAGCGAUUGGUAUUUAUACCUUAUGUUGAGGAAUUUUGCAAACAUUUUGUUAUUUUGUAAAGAGAUCGAGCCUUUGUGAAGUGAAGAUUGUCUUUAAGACCAAGAAAAAAUGCGUUAUUAUUUGUCUCAAAGAGCAUUAUGACGCACUGCAGACCAUGACGUCAUGAAAACUGUAAAUUCUCAUGCUUGUUGAUGUUGUUUGUGUAAAUAAAUCUACCGUCUAAAUAAAUGUA